AUGCACCCGACCUCAACCCAGCUUCCCCAAAGAAGAGCUACCCAUGCCUCAACCCACCCAAUGCCUCCACCCGGCCUCCCAAAUGGCAGUCUCACACCUCUACUCACAACACCGUCUCCAGAAUCAGCUCAAUCAUCCAUUCACAAUGCCUCCUCCCUAGCCUCUAUCCAGAACAUCCUCUCAAACCUCCAUACCCGCGACGCAGCGAUCACUACCAGUCUCCAAUCCCUCAUAUCUUCUCAAGCCUCCCUCUCCCGCGAUCUCGGCCGACUCGAUCUUCUACGCGCGCAUCUUGGCACAAAUGUUAUAAAUACCAGGGCGAUUUCAAAUGGAAUGCUAGAUAAUGCCGCCGGCACGGCCGAGAAAUUGAGCUCGAAAGUAAAGGAAUUGGAUUUGGAGAAGAAACGAGUUGAGGAAACAUUGGCCGUUGUAGAACAAGUCGCGGAAUUGAAAGCAUGUGUAAAUGGUGUGGUGGGUAGUAUGGGGGCUCCGCAGGACUGGGAAGCUGCAGCGGGAUAUAUUGCAAGAGCGUCGAAGAUCCCGGCACAUAUUGUUGAGGGCAAUUUUGCGGCAAGGACGGUUCCAAGUGUCGAAGUACCGGAUGCGCCAGGUGUGACGAUUGAGGAAGCGAAGAAAAGCUUGUGCGGAUUGUUUUUGAGAGAAUUUGAGAAGGCAGCUGAGGAAGGGGAUGGAGUGAGAGUUACGAGGUUCUUUAAAUUGUUCCCAUUGAUUGGGAGGGAGGAGGUUGGACUGGAUGUCUAUGGAAGAUACGUUUGUCAAGGAGUAGCAGGAACGGCGAGGAAGAACUUAAAGGAGGGGACGAAAGGGGAGAGAGGCAAAGAAGGAUUCUUCUACGCGCAAGCGUUGACGAGGUUGUUUGAACACAUUGCGCAGAUCGUGGAGGGACAUGGAGGGUUGGUGGAAAGACAUUAUGGGGCCGGGAAGAUGGUUAAGGUGAUAGAGAGAUUACAGGCUGAGGCAGACGUGCAGGGCGGGAUUGUUUUGGACACAUGGGGAGACGAGAAAAAUGUCGAUAGGAGAUUGACAGAUGUGAGAAGUUAUCCGUUUUCUUUCUUGGUGCAAAGCUUUCUACCGAAUCAAAGACCGAUUGGUAUUUCGAGGACAGGCUCACCUGCAGUUGGAGCGGCUGCUAAUGGGAGAGCAAGUGAAGAUGAGGGUGUGGAUAUGAAAGAAGUAGAUGGUCUUUUGAAUGAGAUGGCUGUGAUGUUAGGCCGUUGGUCAUUAUAUACUCGAUUCUUGAGCGGCAAAUGCAGGGAUCCAGAAGCCAGCUCAGAUGAUCCUCUAGUCAUUCCAGAGCUAUUAGACAAAUCAGCUCUUAGUCGAAAAAUUUCAAAUCGUCUGAAGGAUCCGUUUAAUGUUAUGACUACAUUUUUCUUUCGACGAUCUGUUGAGAAAGCAUUUCAAUUGGAUGAAUCUCCUACAGGACUAUCUCUCAAUCUAUCAAAUCCCAUAGAUGGAACUGCUCCAUAUAUAAUCUCUGCUGUUGAUGAUGUUAUGUAUAUCGUCAAUGCAGUGCUUAAACGGUCCAUCUCAACAUCACAACGCGGUGUAAUCGAAUCUGUUAUUCCAGCAAUAAGCAGAGUUUUGGGAACCGAUUUUGUAGGAAUGGUUCAACGCAAAAUGCGAGACGAAUCUUACCCAAAACCACUCGUGCAAGGCGGAUUUCCACCGGAAGAUAGAAUUAUCGCCUUUAUUGUCCUGAUCAACAGUCUUGUUGUAUCAAAUGACUAUAUUUCCAGAAUUGUUUCGAGUCAUCUUCAAUCUCCCGAAACAAACAGCGCAUCUCAAGCUAAAGGUGCACCACCUGCUCCAGCUUUGAAAGACAUGUUCCCCUAUGGUCAUGAUUUCAAUUUCGUUUCCAAUUCUCUUACAAGUCUUAAUACGUCAUUUUCAUCAAAGAGCAACGAGUUGAUCAGCGAAGGUCUCCAAGUAAUGUUCAAUAAUGUCAUUAAACCACGGCUUCGUCCUGUUCUAAGCGAAACCUUCCGCGACGUAGAUUAUUCCCUUACCACAGAAGAUCUCGCUGAGAUGGCCCGCCAAAAUGAUACUGAUGAUGAUCCUCAAGAAAUACUACAGGACAUGGUAUCUCGUCGUUUCGAACAUCACUGGGAUGCUCUCAUGAAACCUAUUCAGAGAAUCAUGUCUAUGACACCAUUCAAUACCCUCCUAGAGCAAACCGCUCAAUAUCUAGCAAAAGUUCUAGAAAGAAGAGUUUGGAAUUAUAGCGGGAAAAUGAAUGCAUUAGGAGCAACUAGAAUGGAAAGAGAUUAUGGGGGGAUUGUAGGAGUAAUUGCGAGAGGAGGAAAGUAUGGCUUGAGAGAUGUUUUUGCAAGGGUGCUGCAGGUUGCCAUGGUUGUCAAUAUGGAUGAGGAAGAAUGGGAGGCGGUUAAUGUUGAAGGUGAUGGAUUAGGUGAAGAGGAAGUAGAGAUGGUUUGGGUUUUGACGGUGGAUGAGAGGACAAGGGCUAGGGGUAUGGUUAGGGAGUGA